UCUCUUUUAUUGUAUGCCAUGUAUUGUAUAUGUGUCUGACACAGACUUUGAGAAUAAACAGUAUGUAAGAGAGACGGUGGGAACUUACGCUGCUCCGUGACGUACGGGUGGAUUUCUAAACUGGACAAGAUGACAUUCACUUAACUUCAUCCAUCGCGACCUGUAUACACAACAACAUCAGUACCCGAGGGGUGCGGGAGGCGAACAGAUCCGACGUCUACCUUUCGUUCAGCAAGCCUGGAUAUUGUCAACACACGUGUCAUGAUGCACUGAGAAUGAUAUUCAGGUAUCGUUUCAGAUCUCACUCUGUGGUCGGAUUUCAUUCACUGUUAAUAAUAUGAUAUUGUGUACAUCUUCCAGUUCUGGUCCACUAAAUAUAUGUCGCUGAAGCCAUUGAGGAUCCUAGAUUCCAACAGGUGUUCGCCGGUAUCUUCCCUGUUGUGAUUUGAACACCUGGAUAUAUCCUCACUUGCAAUCAUUUAAUACACGAUCGUCAUUGUGAAUAAUAAUACCCAAUAAUAGAUCGCGUUACAAAGUUCUGCAGCUAGUGAUGCUAUGGAGCGUGGCCAGCAACAACCUGGUACGCGUGGCUGCUGCCAUCCUGCACGACUUCAUCGAUACUUCUGCAACACCUGGACGGAUCCCUGCGUCCCGGGAUCGAUGCAACUCUGAUCAAGUGAACAUCAAACCAGUGCGCAUUGCGUGACAGUCCGAGAGAGGAACGGAAGGAAACGGGCACCGAAAGGGAAAUGUCUUCUGAUCAGUAGAACAAUGACUGGAACAAUUACAAACAAUUGGUGGAAUUUCACUAACAGUGAUCACAGGAGAUCAUAUUUAACGUGUUUUUUAUACAAUGUUGUUUCAAUCAAAACUUUUAUUUUGGUCAACUUUGUGUUGGCAUGUGCCGGACAGAACUCACAACUGAGACAAUUCCCGCCGCUUUUUAACGCCGCCAAAGACAAACCAAUCUUUACCAAUCCGGCCACGAGCACUUGUGGAGUAGGGGUAAGAAAUGCUUAUUGCCGGAGUUCAACCAUCGCAACGUCUGUGGACCAAUGUUUACAGAACUUCUGUGUUCAGACGUGUCCAGGGAGGUUUGCAUUACCCAACCCCGUGGAUCUUGUGUCGGAUGCGCUCAGCACUGGGCUCGGGACGUGUGUUUCGCUGGAUAUGGUCAACAAACGGCCAAACAGUGGUUCAGCCGAUUUUUCCCGAUUCAUCAGUCAAUCUGGAGCUGAUUGUUACUUGUUCCCCAUGACAAGACCGGAUGUUGGGGUGAAUGGAGCAUUCACCUUGACCGUGUGGUUCUGGAUGACCAGUACAGUUGAUGGCCCACUCCUACAGAAGGUCCGAGCUGAUACAGGCGCUGUGAUAUUUGAACUGGGUGUCAGUCCGACAGGGGUGAGGUUCUAUUACCAGGGAACCACUGCAGCAACAAUCACCCUCGAUGAAACCAUCCCCCAGCAGCAGUGGGUCUUCCUUGCCUUACAGGUGUAUAGCACUGCAGCCAGCUUCUUCCUCAAUGGCCUUGGUCCAGGAUUCUCAGCUGUCCGAACCUUCACCCUCGUCAGUCAAAUCCAAGAUGUGUCUGGACAAUACAGAAUGGGCAAGAGGUCUGAUGGCACAGGGCAAUUUCUUGGAAGACUACAGAAUUUCCAUUUCUACUCCACUACACUCUCCAACAGGGAAAUACAGGAAGUCUACACGGGCACUCUACCGCCCGUCCGGAUCCAGUCAGAGUGCCGUUGUCCAGGCUCACAUCCUCGAGUCAAACCUCAACAGACACAUUACUGUAUCCCCAACGGUCUCCCGGACAACGCCGGUCAAGACAGACUCCGCAUCAAUGAGGAGUCCCACCCGCUGGAGUACGCUAAUGAUGGGGACAGUAACAGCAUCUGGAUCUCCUUGUUCUUCAGCCAGUUGAACAUCACCGUUGAUCUGGGGGAUGAGUUUCAGGUGUUCUACGUGGUGAUACAGUUCUACAGCCCCCAACCACGAGCUGUUGUGAUUGAGCGCCAGCGGAAUGGAUCAGAUCAGUGGGAGCUGUGGCAGCUGUAUGCUGACAAUUGCCAGUCUUACUUUGGCCUACCAAACAAUGGCCCCCUUCCCCUGCCGACUUCAGUCAACUGUAUACAGUUUGGAUGGGGAGGUGAACAAAUCCCAUAUUCCCGUGGCAAUAUCACCUUCAACAUCUUGGCACCAGAGCCGGUACCUCGUCAAGGUCACAACGAAUUCUACAACACGCCUGAGCUGUUUGAGUUUGUGAGGGCCCGCAGAUUACGUAUCCACUUCCGAGACCAUUAUUAUGUAGGACAGGAUUCUGAAAUAAGGCACCAGUACUAUGGGAUAUAUGACUACACAGUCAGUGCCAGAUGUGACUGCCAUGGCCAUGCUGAGCAUUGUGAUAUAUCGACACUGCCCUACAGAUGCAACUGUACAGAGGACAGUCAUACUUUAGGAAACCAGUGUUCCCAGUGUGCUACCCUGUACAACAACAAGCCGUUCCGCCGUGGCGACCAGACCAACAGUUACAACUGCCAGCCCUGUGAAUGCUACAACCAUGCAGAGUCUUGUCAGUACAACAUCACCAUUGAUCCCUUCCCCAAUGACCAUGACAGAGGGGGCGGAGGCAUGUGCGUUGACUGCAAGCACAACACGACAGGCGAGAAGUGUGACACGUGUCUCCCGUACUUCUACCGGCCUGCGGGGUCAGCAUGUUCUCCUGACGUAUGCACUCCUUGCCUCUGCAACACAUCAGGGGUUGUUGACACUACGGACUGCGCUAAGGUUGAUGGUCAGUGCACCUGCAAGGUGCUGGUAGAGGGAAGACAGUGUGACCGCUGUAAACCAGGCUAUUAUAACCUCCAGGCAGACAACCCAGCUGGUUGUCUCCCCUGCCAGUGUAACUCUCAUGGCACAGUGGGUGGCGAGGCUACAUGUGAUGCCCUCACUGGCAAAUGUAACUGCAAGAGGCAUGUUCAAGGUGACCGCUGUGAUCAAUGUGAGUUUGGUUUCUUCAAUCUGACUGUCAACAACCCUGACGGAUGCACUGCCUGCAACUGUGACCCCAUUGGCUCCACCAGCAUGUUCUGCGAGCCCAACACCGGCGACUGUCGAUGCAAGGCUAGUGUGUUUGGAAAGAAGUGUGAUCAAUGCCUGGACAACUACUACAACUUCACCGUCGGCUGCAUUCCCUGCGGGUGUGCACCUUCUGGAACAGAGCCCGGAACAGUGUGCAACAAGACCACAGGGCAGUGUGUGUGCAAGAGCAACACAGAGGGUCAGAACUGUAACCUGUGCAAGGAUGGAGCAUACAGCUUCGGAUCAUCUUCAGCUCUAGGCUGCGAACCCUGCAUCUGUGACCCAAAAGGAACCCUGAAUGGAAUAUCUCUCUGCGACAAGGCAACAGGGACAUGUGUCUGUAAGGAGCGAGUUAAUGGUCGAAGGUGUAACUUGUGUCAAGGCAACACAUGGGGUCUGAACAUCUCGGACCCGCUGGGAUGUAAGAUGUGUGAUUGUGAUCCUUCCGGCACCAUGUCUGGUGACGUGCAGAAUGUGACGCAGCUGGCUUGUGAUCAGAACACUGGCGUCUGCUCAUGUUUACCACAGCGACAUGGUCGAAGAUGUGAUGACUGUCAGCCUGGGUACUUUGUUGAUCGGUCACCUGGUGGAGGAUGUAGGCCCUGUGACUGUAAUCUCAUGGGGACGCUGGGAGGUACAAACUGCAACACACAGACGGGACAGUGUGAGUGCAAAGGUGGAUCAGCUGGGGUCACAGGUCGCUCAUGUGCAGAAUGCUUGGGAACAUACUACAGCUUUAAUCAACGCUUUGGAACGUGUACGGAAUGUGGUUGCCUGCCGGCCGGAAGCCUCAACAACACCUGUAACUCUGUGAGCGGUCAGUGUUUCUGUAAACAGUUUGUGACCAGCCUGACCUGCCAGGAAUGUGUAGCUGGAGCCAGCAACCUCGACCCCAACAACCCCUUCGGCUGCAGUAAAGAGCCAUCCCAGCAACCGCCGCCAACACACAACCCCAGUACCAGGUCCAUGGUGCUCACAUGGGCACCCCCAGACUACCCUAAUGGUGUCAUACAGGAAUACAGGGUCAUCAGGAACUCUUCCGCCGUUGCAACCAUCAAUGGCAGUAGUGAGCUGAAGUAUGUGGACGUUGACCUUCUCCCUUUCACCAACUAUGCCUACAACAUUGAGGCAGUGAACGCUUUUGGGAGUGUAAGAAGCACAACUGUUAUCUUCCGGACCCUCGCCGGCAUGCCCAGCAAUGACAGCAUCCUCACCGUCAGAAAUGUCGGGUCUCACAGUGCAGCGUUUUCAUGGACCUAUCCCACUGUAAUGAAUGGCCCUUUGGACAAGUUCAUGCUGGUGUCACGAACCCCUGGUCAACCUGCCGCGCACAUGACCCACUGGGAGGGGACAGAACUGAGCGCUGUCCUCACCAACCUCAUCCCCUUCACCAGCUACAACUUCUCCGUCCGCACCUGCACAACAGGUGACUGUUCCUCCAGUGACGUCGUCAUGAUCACAACUCUAUCGUCAGUACCGGAAGGUCAGGCAUCGCCAAGAAUCACACCUAUCAGCAGCACGCAGCUCUUUAUCAAGUGGGACCAUCCAAGUAAACCAAAUGGUAUCAUAAUCUUCUAUGAGCUGUGGAUGCAAGGUGUACCGGGGAUCAACGGCACCCGCAACCCUCCCCUCCGCCGCAUCUUCACGUCUAGUGGACAGUACAACCCCCGGCCGGUCAGCACCAACCAGAACAAUGCCCUGCCACCUCCGACCACUAACUUCACAGUACAUGGCUUGGAACCAUUCACUGUUUACGAGUUUCAGGUUCUUGCUCAGAAUGAUGCCGGGAAGGCUGCGAGUCCAUGGACAGUUGGACGCACAUGGGAGGCAGCUCCCAUCUUCACCCCACCUCCAGUCAUCAAAGGUUUGAGUAGCACCGAGCUGAAUGUCACCUGGAAGCAGCCUCAAGAUGAUGUAGCUCGCGGCGUCAUCAUCUCAUACAGAGUCUAUCAGUACAGCCGAACAGACACUCUGACCGACCCCUUCGCGCCGCCAAUGGUCUGGGUGAAAAUCCAUGAGUCUCCUGGAAAUGAGUUCCACAAAGUGGUGCAAGGCUUCACGCCAUUCUCAGAACACCAGUUUCAGAUAGAAGCCUGCAACAGCAUUGCCUGCGUCAACAGCACAGCGGGAACAGGGAAAACUCUCCUUGCAGCACCUGUUGAUGUAAGAAAACCCUUCGUAGAUGGCUUCAACUCCAGUGUCAUGAAGAUCACAUGGGACCCCCCAACGUUUCAGAACGGACCUCCCCCGGUCUACACCAUCGAGAAGACAUCCAUAGCUCUGUCAUCGCCGGCACAGGUUGUCAGUGGAACCAGAUUUCCUGGAGGAGGCUACUACAAGUUCCCGCCAAAUGUUAUUCCUCAGAAUGUUGGCUUCACAGGCAUACGCUUCAAGUUUCGCAUGAAAGCUCAAGAUGGCCUUGUGUUCUUCACAGCAACACCUUCACAGGAUGAAUUCUUUGUCGUACAGUUUACAAAUGGCCGGCCUAGGCUUAUAUUUGACACUCAAGGUUGCCUUACAAUCACUGAAAUAAACUCAACAACUGAUGGAAACAUUUCGUAUGCUGAUGUGGUCUGGCACAAUUUUGUUGCUGUUAGAUCAGCUGGUGCAGGUCGCAUCAAAUUAGACCAAGUUCAAGUAUCCUCUUGCUUUAAAUCUCCUCAAGGCUGCCAACGUGUGGGUAAGGUGACAACAACCAAUGAUGAAGGUCUGAGUUAUCAUGACCAAAAGUGGCACGACUUUGUUGCCAAGCGUUCAGCAACUGUUGGAACUGUCACUGUUGACGAGAGCUGGAAAGGUAUCCUUUUCUGCCUACAGCAGUUGACCCUGUGUCAAACCACUCGUUGUUCCUUGUUACACCUGAACGUAACCUCGCUGUGUCAAUGUAACAGCCCUGUCAGGGACAAGAACUGUAAGAACACUUCCAUCAUCGGGCAGACAACUGGGGUAUAUGUGGGAGGCCUCCCUGCAGACUUCCAGCUUCUCAAACUGAACGACAGAAAUGCUGGGAUUGUCACCACAGGCUUCCAGGGUUGUCUGAAGGACAUUGAGAUCCUGCAACAGGAGUUCCCAGAGGAGGUUUGGCAUAAGCUGAAGUGGGAGGAUGCUGUAGCCAAUGAUCUCGCCUUCCUCAACUGGGAGGGAUGCCCCAUCAAUCUGGAUAAAGGUGUUCACUUCAUGGGCAAAGCCAUGCACACUGGCCUGCUGUUCUUUGUGCAUGGCGGUACUGGGAUCUAUGUGUAUGCUGGGCUUAUACAAGGUGUACUUCGCUUCGAGUUCAGUGAUGGCCAGAGAACAACAACUGUCCUCUUUGACAGUAACACCAUCAACCUUUGUGACGGCAGCUGGACGAAUGUGGUUUUCAGAAAAACUGGACUUCAAGCCAACGUGACAUUUUCGGAUGGUACCAACAUAAUCCGUGGGGACCCUGAUGCAUCGCUUCCUGUGCCAAUUACGUCUCCCAUAUCAUUAGGUGGAAUUAAGUCUGGAUCAGAAGAAGAGACUUUCAUCAAACAGAACAACUUCCCACUACCCACAGAACCAUUUGGAGGGUGUAUUGCGGACUUCAAGGUAGGCAUCUAUCCCUAUGACUUUCUGAAGGCCAUUGACGUAAUGAACAUCAACAUGGAUGGGUGUCCUCCGUUCAGCCAGCCGGACCAGCCAUGUGAAGAGAAACUGGUGACGACGUUGUAUCAGGGCAUGGACAAUGUCACAUACGACUCAGGAUUACAGCCAUACACAGCGCCAGUGGGUGUGGUAGCUCCCACCAGGGUUCGAGCCCUGUCAGGCUAUAUCAUUGAGGCCUUCUGGCUGAAGCCGACCAGUACAUCGGGUCUGUUGACCAAGUAUGUGCUGACAGCCUACAACCAGGAUGACCAAAAUGUAGCGCCUGUCUUCAUGGAGUUCACCGAUGCUGAGACCAGAGGAGCCAAUAUGUCCGGUGUGAUCCCCUACACCAACUACCUGAUGAAGAUCACAGCCUGUACAUCAGGGGGCUGCACCGAGAGUAGGGAUGGUGCUCCUAUCCGCACAGAUGAAGAAGCUCCUGAGAACGUUCAGGCCCCUGCUGCUGAGGCAGGACCAACAUACCUGCUUGUGAAGUGGGGUCCACCGUCCAAGCCCAACGGUCUCAUCACAGGCUACUUCCUCUACAUGGACAACAGGAUCAUCUACACCGGGGGCAGGAAGGAGUUCAACGUAACCAACCUACGUGUCUUCACUGGCUACUCUCUGUACAUCAAAGCUUGCACAGCGGCAGGCUGCAUGGAGAGUCCAUCUGUCGUCCUCAGUACAGCCCAGCUACCACCUUCUGCUGUCAGCAGACCGCGACUACUUGCUCUAGGAACAAAUAGAGUGGAUGUGAAGUGGAGCAAACCGGAGCAGAUCAACGGAAUGCUGGAGAGAUAUAUUCUGUACCUGUCUCUGGACGCAGGUUCUCCCGGACAGGAAGUGUACAACAACUCUGAUGCCUUCACCUCCUACAUCAUCACCAACCUGACGGCAGGGACCACCUACUACAUCAGACUCGCGGCUUGUACAGGGGGUGGGUGUCGUCAGAGUGACCCCAGCAGUGUCACCACAGAAGAGAGUGCCCCUGAUGGCGUCCCAGUCCCCGUAGUCACCUCCCCAAGUCCCUCCGAACUCUCUGUCACAUGGGCUGUACCCCAGCAGCCAAAUGGUGCCAUAGUGCGCUAUGACCUCUACCAGAACGGCAUCAUAGUUUCCAACACCCUGGUUCGAGAGUUCCGUGUUGGUAGCCUCCAACCAUACAGCCUCCAUAUAUUCCAAGUGGCUGCCUGCACCAACAUCGGCUGUGGCUUCAGUGAGGAGGUCCAAGCUCGGACACAGGAGUCGCCACCAGCUGGCACAGUGCUCCUGGACGUCAUCGUCGCUGAUUCUCGCUCAGUCAACGCUAGCUGGACAGCCCCUGCCAGUCCGAAUGGGAAGUUGUAUUAUGAUGUAUUCUUUGAAGGGCUUUUCUACAAGGAUCCAGAAAACUGGGACUACAGCACAGUGCGGGAACGUCGCAGCCUGUAUCGAGACACCACGGUGUAUCAGCUGGUGACCAUCACAGGGCUCAUCCCCAUGUCCGGCUACACCGUCCAGGUCAACGCCUCCAACACCCGCAGCUACAUCCUCAGCGCCACCGCGCAGGCAGACCUCCCACCAGGAACCCCUGAUGGUGUCCAGCCCCCUGUGUUGGUGUCCGAGACCUCCACGUCCAUCAAGGCCACCUGGCGGCCAGUGGGACGGGUCAAUGCGGAGGAAGAUGCUGCCUAUAUCCUGCAGUUCCGAGAAAAGAGACCAACUGCCAUCAUCCAAGAUGUGUUUGGACCAACAAUCACCUUAACCUACCUGAAGCAGAACCUGCUGCCCUUCAAUGAGUACGAGUUCCGUCUCCAAGCCUUCAACAGUCUCGGAUCCACAUUCUCCAACUGGGUUCCGCAAGUCACAAAACAAGAUCGUCCAGUCGGCCUCGACCCACCCUCAGUUGCUGCAGUCCAAGCUCGGUACAUCAGUCUCACCUGGAUACACCCCCUCAACCCUAAUGGCAUCAUCCGAGAAUAUAGACUCUACCAAAACGGACAAGUCAGGCUCACUUUACCUGGCAACCAGACUUCAUUCCAAGCAAACAAUCUCAUCCCUUUCACGUAUUACAUGUACAGUAUUGAAGCAUGCACCAUUGGUGGGUGUACCAAGAGUGCUGAGUCAAAUCAAGUGAGGACGCUUCAAGCAGUCCCUGAUGGCAUCUUGGCCCCGAACCUCACAGCGCUGUCACCAACGACAGUGCAGAUAACGUGGACUCCACCUUCCAACCCGAACGGAUUACUGCAACAGUACAUCGUGGAGAGACGGCUGAACGGCACAGACAGCUCAUCCCUUGUGGUCACCGUACCUGCAACUGCCGACCCUGCCCAUGUAGAUGCAUCUCCCGUGUUGUCCCCGCUCACGGUCUACCAGUACCGCAUACGUGUCAUCAACUCUGCCGGGGAGGGAAGCGGUCCCUGGGCCACCAUCACCACCAAAUCAUCACGUCCAGCCGGAGUGAACCCGCCGGAAGUGACAGUACUCAACUCCACUGCCAUCAACGUCACCUGGCAGACGCCACUACAGCUCAAUGGCAAACUGGAGUUCUACAUCAUCCGUCUGCCAGAACCUCGCAUGGAAGUUCGCAACGUCACCCAGAUGAGCAUCAUCGUUACUGGCCUCACACCUUACACGGAGUAUGUUGUCACCCUAACAGCAUGUACAUCGGGUGGUUGCACAGAAAGUGUCGAUGUGACGAAGAUGACGAGUCCUGAUAUCCCUGACGGUCAGCAGCCUCCGACACCAACAGCUGUCUCCCAGUCCAUGAUCUCCAUCCUCUGGCAGAGACCCACUCGGCCCAACGGACCAACUCUCACAUAUGAACUGGCCAGACAGAAGAUUAGACAGCCAUUGGACAACACGAUCAGUGAUGUCGGCGUGUGGCAGAGUCUAUACUCCGGUACAGGGUUGUUCUACGAGGACAGAGGGCUGCCCAUGUUCACAACGUAUGUCUAUCGGGUCACGGUGUUCAACGAUAUUGGACAGAAGACGAGCAAUGCAUCUACAGAGGUCACCACGUUUGGUGGCUUCCCACGCCGAGCGGCCAAUUUGACCCUGCGUGUCGUGGACCAUCUGUCUAUCCUUGUACAGUGGACUGUUCCGAGUCCUGAGGAGCUGCAGGGCGAGGUACAGAUCUUCAAGGUUGACGUCACCAGUACAGUCAGGCCAUUCAGCCGCAUGGUGCCAGGGGGAGAUAACUCCACCCUGCUGCAGAAUCUGAGCCCCAAUACAGACUAUACAGUGACGCUCACUCUGACCAUAUAUGGUGGUGCUUCAAUAACAAGUGAGGCCAAGACGGCUCGUACAGAGGAUGGAGCACCAUCAGGACUAUUGACUCCCACGCUGGCCAUCAUCAGCAGCCAGACUCUGCGGAUCUCCUGGGUGGAUCCACAGACACCUAAUGGUGACAUCACAGCCUACAAUGUCUUCAUUGACGGACGAAGAUCCCCACCAACCAAACCACUGCUGGAUCCAUUGUUGUCCCUGGACUACAACCCUACACCGUAUAUCGGAUCUGGCCCGACAACUGAAGCAUGUACACAGUUCAACUGCACCCAGAGUCCAAUUGCCCUGGGAACCACAGCUGAAGCCUUACCCCAGGGAGUGUCCGACCCCACCCUACAAGCUCUGGGUGCGACAUCUGUGCAGGUGACAUGGACAGCCCCAACACAGCCCAACGGCAUCACAGUCAGAUACGAUGUCUGGAGGAAAACUAUGAGGAAAUGCUCUGAUGUUCCACAACCAAACCCUGACCCUGAACUCACCAAGUGUACCUAUGUCCAGUGUGGCGUGCUGGAGAACAUCUGUGGGGGGACUUGCUACACUGGGGCAAAGACCUGCUGUGAUGGGGUCCUGCAUGACAUCAAGCCUGGGUAUGCCUGCUGUGGCAAGGGUUACCUGAGUCAGCCUAGCCUGGAUGCUGUUUGCUGUGGUGGCAAGUUCUAUGGACCAGUCACAGGCUUCAGAUGCUGUGGGACAAGAUACGUGGCAGUAGGCCCUGGGAAGGUAUGCUGUCCAGACAGCGCUGAAGACCGUGUGUCCAUCGGCAUGGGUGACCAGUGCUGUGGCCCAGUACCCUACUCAUCUACAGGGGCCCAGAUCUGCUGUGCUGGAACUCUGUCUAUACGAUUCGGUCACAAGUGCUGUGGGGGUGCUGUGGUGACUGAUAGUGCUGUGUGCUGUGGGAACAACACUGUAGGAGCUGUGUAUCUGGAACAGCCACUCAAGACAUGCUGCGGUACGCAGUACGUCGACUCGGACACAACACUCUGCUGUUCCAGUGAUACAGGACACGCGAAGGUUCACUACUAUUCUGACUCUGUAGCACGGCAGACUGCCAAUGAGAUGUGUUGUGGCUUGGAGAAGAUAUCCAACGGCCUGGGUUGUUGUAACUUUGUUGGCUACAACCGUCAGACCCAGGUCUGUGCUGACAUGUCCAACACAACCACUGGUUGUGGUAUGGGAACAGUAUGUUCAAUCAACCAACAGAACACAGCCUUCUGUGACCGAUGUGACUUCGAUCGUUCAACAUCAUCAUGUGGCUCGGUCAGUGGUUACCGUGUUUCCAUGACAACCUCAACCACCCCGGCAGUGUCAUGCAGUACAGCUGUGGACAAGGUGUCGUCCAGUCUCAACUUGACCUAUACAGACACUGGUCUCUCCCCAUACUCUGACUAUGAGUACUCUGUGGCGGUGGUGAACAGCGCUGGCAGCAGCAGCAGCAACUACGUCGGUGUACAGACGCUGCAGGCUGCCCCUGGGGAGGUCAAGGCCCCGGUCACGCGGGUCAACCCAGAGCAGCUGUACAUCAUCUACCUCACGUGGGACAGUCCAGGAAAACCUAAUGGUGUGAUCAGCCGCUACAUCUUGAGGCGGGACGGUAUUGAGUUGUACCGAGGCCUGGAUAUGAAGUACACAGAUGACAACUCUGUGCUUCCAUACAGGACGUAUUCCUACAUCCUCUCCGCCUGUACCCAGGCCGGCUGCACGGACAGCAACAUCGUGCAAGUGGCUACAGCCCAAGCUCCCCCUGAGGACGUCCUCCCCCCAACUAUGAUAGUCGAGGGUCCCACUGUUCUGCGUAUCCAGUGGCAACCUCCAGGCAAACCAAACGGUGUUGUCACCAUGUACAGAGUUAUCUUCCCUGAUCUGGACCGAGGCUACAACCAGUCUGUGACUGACAGGGAUCUCACAGUCACAAAUCUGACGCCAUACACGGCAUACACUGCUGUCCUAGAGGUGUGUUCCCAGGCGGGAUGCACGCAGAGCCAGAACGUUACCGUGACAACAGAGGAGGCAGCUCCAGAAGGUGUGGAUCCUCCAAAGGUUGUCAUCAUAGACUCUACAACAGUGCAUCUCUACUGGAAACCUCCAACUACCCUGAAUGGAGUUCUCCUAGGAUACAAGGUCACCCGCAUCGGUUUGUCUGGUGUCAUCAUCAUAUACAAUGGUCACAACCUCAGCGUCGCAGACACCAACCUGACAGCAAGUGGCGUCUACUCCUACACUGUGGCGGCUCGCACCAGCGCUGGCGAAACAACCAGCUCCAACAUCGCUGUCAUCAUGCCCCAGAGAACACCCCUGAACAUCCCCCCUCCUCAGAGAUUGAGGGUGCUUGGUGCCGAUGAGAUCUCUGUGUCGUGGGACCCGGUAAUAUCAUCCGAGGGGAUCAUUGACCAGUACAGGGUGUUGCUAAAUGUUGGUCAGAGCACCGAGGUGGAACAGGGUGUUGGAACGCAGACAUCCAUCAUCGUGUCCAACCUUAAACCAUACACAGAGUAUGAAGUGCGUCUUCAGGCUUGUCUAGAGAAUGUGCAGAAUGGGUGCGGUACAAGCCCUGGUGUGAUUGUCACAACACAUGAAGCACCGCCCUUGAACCAGAAACCUCCAUUGUUGCUUGCCCGGUCAUCCGACGCUAUCCUGAUCUCAUGGGAAGAACCAGGGAAUCCAAAUGGCCUGAUCACAAUGUACAGAAUCUACCAGAGAAAGUAUGGAACUCCCACUGAAAUUCUCAUUAACCAGGUUGAUGGGUCCACUCGAACGUUCACUCAUUCAGGAACAGAUUUAACACCAUACACUAUAUAUGAAUACAGGAUAAAGGCUCUCAACGCACAGGGCGAGAGUCUGAGUGACUGGGCUCGGGUCAGAACAUUAGAAGCACCUCCAGAGGAGCUCAGUGCUCCGUUUAUUUCCACAAUUGGCCCUUAUGGCUUCUCUCUUCAAUGGACACCUCCUUCAAAACCAAAUGGUGUUCUCACCAUGUAUAAGAUAUUGUAUAAAAGUGUGUCAGGAGACCCGACAAUCCAGAACCCAACCAACUCUCUGACAGUGGAAGCUACCAAAACAUUGACCUCCAUCAGUGGGCUCCAACCCUUCACCGACUAUGAAGUAAGUCUUCAAGCAGUGAACAAAGCCGGCAGCGUAACAAGCGGAGCAACACCAGUGAAAACUGCACAGACAUCGCCUUCAGGAUUAAGCGUCUUCCAGGUUGAGAAGAUCAUUAAUGGACAAGCUGUCAUUCUCAGGUGGGACAUGCCAGCCAAACCCAAUGGGGUGGUCACCAACUUCCGUAUCUAUGAAGUAGGAUCUGAUGUUGCCAUAUACCAGGGCUUGAACAGAGAGUUUGAAUUCCGUCGACUCCUCCCUUACACCGAGUACCUAGUCCAACUAGAAGCAUGCACUGUGGUAGGGUGUACUCUGGGUCAGAAGCAGACAUUCACCACAGCCGAAGUAGCUCCAGCCAGCCAACCGCCGCCAUCGCAAUCCUUCGUCAACUCCACAAACGUCCUCAUAUCAUGGAAACCAGCAGCCAAUCCAAAUGGGAAGAUAGUAUCCUAUCAAGUCCUGAGACGUACGAAUACCCCGACAGUUUCCCGUAGGAAGCGUGCCUUGAGUGACCCAACAGUUGUGUACAUGACCACAGAUACUGACAAGCCAGAGUAUCAGUAUAUGGACUCGGAUGUCCAACCCUACACCCAGUACCAGUACAUGGUGAGGACCAGCAACCCCAAGGGGUCUGUGGACUCACCCUGGCAAACAGUGUCAACUGAUCAAGCUGCCCCUCAAGGAGUGGCUGCACCUAGUGUGGUCCAUGUUGAAAAUGAUGUCAACUCUCUCCAGGUGAACUGGACUGCACCGAUCAGUCCUAAUGGUGUCAUGCAGAGUUAUCAGAUCCAGAGAAACAGCAGCGUUCCACUCAGCUUCCCUGCAGCUACAUCCUUCACGCAUGUGGACACAGGUCUGGAGGCCUAUACAUAUUACUCCUACACUGUCAUUGCAUGUUCCGGAGGAGGAUGUACCACAAGUGAUGCUACCAUCAUCCGGACCAAAGAAGCAGCUCCAUUGCAGGUGCUCCCACCACAGCUGUCACCAAUGGGUUCCACUACCCUACGGGCCGUAUGGCAGACUCCUCAGAUCACCAACGGAGAGGUCAGCAGUUAUGAGCUGCUGAUGGACAGAGUGUCUGUUUAUCAGGGAUUAGCUAAGGAAUUUGUCAUAGGGCAGCUGACUCCGUAUCAGGAGUACAAGUUCAUCCUUAAAGCCUGUACCAGUGGUGGAUGUUCUCAAAGUACUGAAGUCUCUGCUAGACCAAAUGAUGCACCUCCGCUUGGAAUGGAAACACCCAUCUUGAGAGUCAUGAGCUCCACAUCAAUAGAAGUAUCCUGGAGUCAGCCCAAUAACUCCAAUGGAAUCAUCACAUCAUACGAUGUCAAAAGAGAAGGCAGGCUUAUAUUCACCGACAGUCUUGUCACAGGAGCCUUACGAACAACCUACACAGAUUACAGCUUGGAGCCAGGGACAGAGUAUACAUAUAUCGUCAUUGCAAGGAACCGAAGGGGAAGUGUAGAAAGUCAACCUGCAAAAGCAAGGACAUAUUCCUCAUCACCAACAGGUCUGAGUCCUCCAACCCUCCUUCCUAUCUCCCCAUCAUCAAUCCAAGCCACCUGGCAGCCCCCAAUCAACCCCAAUGGGGACAUUAUCAGCUACAAGCUCUACACAGGCACCGAUAAGGUGUAUGAAGGAGGCACCAGUCAGCUGACCUACACAAUCCCAAACCUCCUCUUCUACACAGAGUACACAGUCAGGGUUGAGGCGUGCACACAGCGAGGGUGUGAGCUCAGUGGGGGCGUGACUGCCAGGACGAUGGAGGCAUUACCAGAGGAACAGGCAGCGCCGACAUUGCUUGCACUGGCUAAUGAACAGAGGGCUCACAGUGGGGUCUUAGUCACGUGGACACCACCAACGAAGCCUAAUGGAGUGAUAACCAGAUACGAAGUGCUGAGACGGCGUGUUGUCACUGAGCCAGCAGGCACGGUGUACGGGAACAUUGUAUCUGUAUACAACAACACAGAGCUCCGGAUGACUGACUCCGACCCACAGUUGAAGCCAUUCGCCUCCUACCAGUACAGGGUCACCUCCUUCAACAGUGUGGGCGGGGCUGGUAGCAUGUGGGCACUCGUUGUCACCAAGGAAGCCCCGCCCACCUUUGUGGCUCCUCCUACAGUAGAUGGCACCACAGCAACCACAAUCACAGUCACCAUAACAGUACCACUGCAGCCUAAUGGAGACAUCCGGGAGUACAGCAUUCUGGUUAAUCGUACUGUGGAAUCAUCAGGAGUGACUCUACAGCAGACGGCUGGAAAUGCUCGACCAUUGUCACCUUUCACGACCUACCUGGUGCAGGUGCGUGCUUGUACAAGUGGCGGCUGCACAGACAGUGCAGGGAUCAAGGUCAUGACAACAACGGCUAAGCCUAGUGGACUGGCCCCGGUGGUAGUGGCUGGGAAAACAAGCACCAGUGUGACUCUCAACUGGGAGCCACCCCAGAAGCCAAACGGACAUAUACAGAGAUACCUGUUGUAUCAGCGUACAGCAUGUCCCCCAACUGACCAACCGUUCGACCAGACCUGUAGGACAGGGGAUGUCCAGGAGGUGUACGCUGGCCUUGACCUGUUUGCUUCUUCCCGUGACCUCUCACCCUACACAAACUACGAGUACCAGAUACAGGCUGAGAAUGAAGCAGGAGGGGUGGACUUCCCUCAGUGGGUGUCCACCAUCACAGAGCCAGCAAUACCAGUAUAUGUGGCCUUCCCAAGACUGUCUACCAACAACACCAAGGCAGUCAUUGAUUGGACGGGCAGCUUUCAGCUCAACAGUCGCUUAAGGGAAUACAUCGUAAUGACUGACGGGAAGGUAGUGUUCCGUGGAAUCAGCACUAGCCAUGGCGUAGAGAGGGAGACUAAGAAACAAGUAAUCAAUUUCAUCGUCCAGGCCGUGACUGAGACAGGACAGGCUGAGACUCCCUCAGUUGUGUUUGAUCCCAGUGCUAUUGGAAAUGUUGGCACCACUCUACCACCUGACCCCGCCCAGACAGACAAGGUCGUGACAGAGCUACCGUUCUACCAGGAGAUCUGGUUCAUCAUCAUCAUGGUCUUCCUGGGACUCUUCCUCAUCUUCCUCGUCCUCUUCAUCUGCGUGAAGUCAUUCGGAGGUCGGAAGGCUUAUGUGAGAGAGAGGGCGCCCCUCCACAGCCGAGUUCAGAAACCACUGACAACAAGACCCUACUACAUUGAUGCCUCAAAUGGCAGCGUCUUAGAAUCGGACUUUCAAGUCCGCAACCCAAGUCGUACCGAGAAUGUAGCAUCUUACCAGGGCCCAGACAUGGGUGUCAUCAACCCUGCAUUCCUUCAUCCUACAAACGAGCGGUAUUCCUUCGACAAACUCUCUCACUCCUCCAAAACAGAAGAGGAGGAGGAUGUUUACUGGGACAAGAACUUUGACAGUGGAUGGUAUGACGAGGAUGCAGAAAGUCUGAAUGGACCUGCGUACAGCUAUACCCGGGAACAGACAGUGUUUACAGACACACAUCUAUGAUGAACCACACCUACAGCAGCAUCAACCAUUAACGCCACCACAUCGGUGGUCGGGGAACCAAGUGGGGAAAUAUUGGUGCAUAAGUCACAUGUACAAUAAUCUACCCAUUGUCAUCAUAUUGUAAAUGGCUUAGCCAAGGCAUCCAAGAUUUUAUGAAUUGAAACAUCAACAUGAUAAAUAUGCCAUUUUCAAAUAAUACAUGAUUAGUCAACAAUAUGUAGUAACAAUAUGACACUGGGAAUAAUAUGGACUUAUAAGCAGAGGGUAUUUUCUAUUUUGAACAGGUGUGGCGAAAUAUGUUCGAACAAAAUUUAAGGUUAACACAAGGGACCAUAUUUUUCAUUUGACUGAUCUCUACUUACAUAUUCUGAUUGUUUGACACUGCCCAUAGUGCCACUUAUGUCUGUAUUAUUUUCAUAUGAAUAGAUAUAAUUAAGACUUCUGAGGCAAGGGCUGCAGCUUGGGACAAUUUGUGUACAUGUAUUAUUUUUUGUAAAAACUAUGCUCCUGGCUAAAAUAUGGAUGACAGUACUAUCUGUGAAUAGUCAUUGCUGAUCUAGUGAAGAAGGCAGAGGUACGUCAGUCACACAAUAUCAAUGAUUCCUUGUGGGUAGAUACCUGAUACCUGAUACCUGAUACCUGAUAGCUGAUGAUGAUGAUGAUGGAAAUGACAGAUUGGGUGAUGGACGGAAUGCCCUUGUUUGGAACUGGUCAUUUGGUACAGGGGAGAUUGGUGGGUUGAGGUCAUGAUACAAAUGACAGCAAUAGGUGUUAAUAAUAAUAACAAUAAUAAUAAUAUAUUUAUAAAGCACCUAAUAUCCACUGUAGAGAUGCUCAGUGGCGAUGCGACAACAUUGGGGAAGGAAUAGUUCAUAUAGGUUUUACAGAAAGGCAGCAGUGAACAGAAGUGUUUCUGAUUUCCGUUGGAAGAGAGUUCCACAGUUGAGGGCUGGCAAAGAAGGCAUGGUCAGACAGUUGGUUUGGAGAUCUGUCUUGGGUGAGGAGCGAGUCUGGGGAGGAUUGAUGACAACUUUCAUGGAGUGUAGGGGUAUAAAGACCCAGUUCUUAUUUUUUUUAAAUUAAAUAAAUGUAAAGUUGAACUCUACACAAAGACUCAUAUUUUAUUAUGGAGAAAUGGAGGGCGUUAUAAAAAAAUAGUUACCUGAAAUGGGUCUCAAAGGGUCAUAACUGUAAAUAUGAAGCAGUCCUGAGACCAAUCCACCUUCCUCCACCACUGUAAUGAAUGACCAGUCCUCACGCUCAUCAGUUCCAUCCAUCUUUGAUAUAACUUAUUUUUUACAAGGGCAUGUGCAAUAAAGUAUUUUGUAUCGCAUGUAUUGUCAAUACCGGUACUAAUGUGAUAACUGGUGUAUCGACUGUGUAGCCAGUGAAGUCAAACAAGAGGUUGGUAUUCUUUUGUAAAUAGUAGUCAUGUACAGUGUCUCAAAGUCAUGUGGCAGUACAUUUUCUCUGUCCAUCUUAGACUGCAGCAUUAUUGCAUCUAGGAAUUCCCACUUUCUGUCUGUCACUACUAGUAAUAUAGAAUGAACACAGUUCAUAUUUGUUGGAAAUGGUUUUCUGUACAUAUAACAUAUAAUUCUCUGUGAUUCACAACAUCUGUGGAAACCAUUGUUCUCCAACACAAACUAUGAUGAUAGCUUCUGCACAUCCUUCAGAAGGAAUCUGUUACAAAUGAGAUGGGGAGUAUCACAGUACACAGCAUCAGAAAGGGGUGACUUCCAUCUGCGUGAUUCCUGUAAAGGAUACUUUUGUGAAAUAUACCAAGUUAUCUGAUAAUCAUACACUUCUGGAUACCCUAACCCUUUUAACCAUAACCUGACACCUUUGCAGAUACCAAGCCAU